AUGGCGCAGAGUAACUUCUCUAAGCUAGACCUCAACCAGGGUUACCACCAGCUGGAGCUGAGUGAAGAGUCCCGAGCUAUAACGACAUUCUCCACGCACUGCGGCCUGAGGAGAUACAAGAGACUGCUGUUCUGGGUGAAUGCCGCAGCCGAGAUCUUCCAAGAUGCCAUACGACAGAUCUUGCCAGACGAAGAUGGCAUCAUCAACGUGACCGAUGACAUUUUGGUGUCAGGACGCACAGUCGAAGAACACGACCGGAGGUUACGUUUGGUGUUAAAGCAUCUCGAAGAGGCAGGGAUCACACUGAACGAGAAGAAAUGCGUCGUAGGUGUCCGGAGUGUGAAGUUCUUCGGUCAUGUCUUUGCAGCCGGAGGGGUCAGUGUCGAUCCUGAGAAGGUAGAAGCAGUAGUGGAAAUGUCACCGCCUAGAGACGCAACAGAAGUCAGAAGUCUGUUAGGCAUGCUUACCUACUGCACUCGGUUCAUUCCACGCCUAGCAGAAAUGGUGGAGCCUUUGACAGGCCUCACACACAAGGAUGCUGAAUUCAUUUGGACGGAGCGGCAUCAGAAGGUCUUCGAGAGAAUAAAGCAAGAAAUGUCCCAAGUGCGCACACUAGCGUAUUUCGACGACAGCAAGGAGACCUACAUAAUAACGGAUGCAGGACCAGAUGGAGUAGCUGGAGUUUUGGCCCAAGAGUCUAACGACAAGGAAAAUCUCAGCAUCCUCGCGUACUACAGCAGAGCACUGACGUCAACAAAAAAGCGAUAUCCCCAGAUUGACAAAGAGAUGUUGGCGAUCGUGUCGACGGCGGAACGUUUCCGUGCGUACUUGGCAGGAGCCAAGUUCACUAUAAGAACGGAUCAUCUGCCACUGGUGUCCAUUCUCAAGACCCCAAGCGCCAAGCUGUCAGCGAGAUUGGAGCGGCUGAGCCUUAGACUACAGCACUACCUUUUCGACGUUCAGCACAUCCCCGGAAAGGAAAAUCCUGCUGACUACUUAUCCAGGCACCCAGUACCAGAUCGCGAUGACGGGCCAGCUCGGGACGAAGUCGUGGACGAAUACUCGCGGUUUCGAGUGGUUUCCACGCUCUCGUCUCUAAACGCGAAAACCGUCACGGCUAGACUGAGCGACAUAUUCGCUGUGCAUGGAAUGCCGUAUGAUUUGAAGACCGACAAUGGUCCCCCUUUCUUUGGGAAGGAGUUUGCUGAAUUUCUGCGCCUGAAUGGCAUACGACACCACCGCACAACACCCUUGUGGCCGCAUGCAAACGGCGAGGUGGAGAGAUUCAUACGGAACGUAAAGAAGACCGUCAAGGCUGCGUGUGUUGGAGGGAACGAUUUGAAGGAAGAGCUGAACGAGUAUCUUCUAAAUUAUAGAGAAACUCCACACUCCACGACAUGUGUCACACCAUCCGAACUACUAUUCGGCAGGAAGAUCCCAGUGAAGCUCCCCCAGUUACGAGACAAACACUCCAGACGAGAAAUUGAGUCCGUCGACCGACGACGGAAACAGAAGAUGAAGAGCUAUGCUGACGAAAAACACAAGGCAGUAGCCCACAGCCUUCGACCAGGGGACACUGUACUUCUGAGGCGACCAUCACCGUUAGCUCACGAGUCUCCGUAUGAGCCACGGCCGUACAAGGUAUAA